CCGACUGAUUUUGUUUAUCCCGAAUUUCUUACACUUUAUGAGCAGGGAUUUUCGAAAAAAAAUUAAAUAAAAUUCCAACAAAACAUGAAUAAACACACUGUCAAGUGGUUACUAUUGGGUGGAGCAAUACGCCUCUAUUUAUCUACGUCGCAAUGGGGUGGCAUAUUAUCAAAUCGAGUAGAAAUCUCAACGCCGCUAAAUUCUUUCAAGAGGGUCCAAGAGGGCAUGUAUCUACUGAAAAACAACAUUAAUCCAUACGAUGGUGAUAUGGUGCAUGAGAUACCCAUAGUUCUUUGGUUUCUAACACUGGCAGCUGAUUUUCUGAAGGGUUGGCUGCCACUUCUGUAUGUUGUAGCCGAUAUUGCCACCGCCUGCAUACUGUAUAAUGUUAGCAAAAUUUUUGUACGCAAUAAAUUGCAAUACCAAACCAAAGAAGCUGUCCACUAUGCCAAAGAUACGGACGAGCUUCAAUAUCAGCCAAAGGAUGAGAGCAAUAUACCAUUCCUGGUGCUGAUGGCCUAUCUCUUUAAUCCCUUGUCCAUUUUCAAUUGUGCUGGUCUUACAUCGACAGUGUUCAGCAAUAUGUUCCUAUCAUUGGCCCUAUACGCUUUGGUGGACUAUCGUGUGCUGUUGUUUUUCAUAUGUGUUGUCAUAGAAGCUCAUCGAAAUCUAUAUCCAGUGGUGCUGCUGGCACCGGCUGCUUUGGUCUUCAACAAGGAUAAAAAGCUGAAGAAAAUUUUGCAUGUAAUUGCAUUUUUUGUGGUUCUAAGUGUAAUCUUGGCGAUGCUGAACUACAUGUUGAUGGGUAAACAAAGCUGGAAUUUUGUGGAUGGAACUUUGGGAUUCAUAUUUUUCUAUCGGGAUCUACAACCAAAUAUUGGACUAUUCUGGUACUUCUUCACCGAAAUGUUUGAACAUUUUCGUACCAUGUUCUUGAUAACAUUCCAAAUGAAUGCCACGGUCUUGUAUUUGGUGCCACUAUCAUUGAAACUGCGCAAGGAGCCCAUUUUGUUGGCCACAAUUCUAGUGGGGCUAAUGUCAAUAUUUCGGGCAUAUCCCUGUGUGGGUGAUGUGGCCUUCUAUUUGGCACUGCUGCCUUUGUGGAAACGUUCUUGGAAAUUCAUGGUGCACAAUUUCAUAGUUUUUGGUUUCUUUGUGGUUUCCUUGUGCAUGCUGCCAGCUUUGUGGCAUUUAUGGAUCUAUUCAGGCUCGGCUAAUGCAAAUUUCUAUUUUGGUGCCACCCUAGCCUUUUCAACUGGACAGAUUUUCCUAGUCACCGAUUUACUCUUUGCCUAUGUAAAACGUGAAUUUUGCCUUUAUAAUGGCCAAAAAAUUGUAGUUCAAGGAAAAGAAGCUAAAAUUGUUUUAGGCUAAACCAUUCAUCCUUCAUCAUGUACAUACAUACAUAUGAAUAUAAUUCCUAAAUUCUAAAACAAAAAUAAUUUAACAUUCUGCCCAAAAAAUUUUUGUAUUUACUAUUCAAGUUUUUGUUUGUUUCUAAGUUACUGCUAAGAAUUUACAAGAAAAAAAACGUAUUUUUGUAUUAUAGUUUUAAUUACAAAAAAAAAAAUAAAUAAACAUGUCAGCAAACUAUUUAAAAAAACAAAGUAA